AUGGCAAAUUGUUGGACAAAGACUAGUAUUUUGCCAAUGGUACUGGAUGAUAAUAUUGAACUUUCGCAUAAUAUAUAUUUAGAAACGAUUGAGUCUGAAGAAAAUGAAAUAUAUGAAUUAGUAAUUGAUCUUACUAAUCAAACAGUUUCACAAGAAAUAGAUGCUUAUAUCAAGAUUAAUGAUUCCUAUAUUUCUACAAAAGAAGUACUUGAUAAUAAUCAAAUUAUUGAAACUAUAUUAGCGAAGCAAUUAGAAUAUGAGCAAGGUGAUCCAGAUAACUCUGACGAAGAGCCACCAAAAAUUUCUCUUGCUGAAGGAUUAAAUAGGUUAAAAACUUUUAUUUUAUUCGCUAAACAAGUGGACAAUAAUUUUUUCUCCAAUAAUAAUGACUUAGCAGUAUUUUGA